CCCCUCCAUGGUCGCCAUCUUUGAUCUUCCGAAUUGAAUUUCCGAGUCAAUUCGCAAAAAUUUGACAAUUGGAGACAGAAUGUUUUAGUUCCUUUGUUAAAAGAAUUACAGGAUGACGGAGCUGCUGCUGGACUCGCAGAUCCGCGUGUGGGUCUUCCUGCCCAUCGUGGUCAUCACCUUCCUGUCGGGCAUCCUGCGCCACUACGUCGCCGUGCUGCUCGCCUCGCAGAAAAAGGUCGAGCUGCAGCAAGUGCAGGACAGCCAGGCGAUGAUCCGGUCGCGACUCCUCAGGGAAAACGGAAAGUUCAUCCCGAAGCAGUCUUUCAUGAUGCGCAGGCACUUCUUCAACGACGAGAGCACCGGGUACUUCAAAACGCAGAAGAGGCCGCCGGCAGCCACAAACCCGAUGACCGACCCAAGCGUCAUGACCGAGAUGCUCAAGGGCAACGUGACCAACGUGCUGCCCAUGAUCGUCAUCGGCGGCUGGAUCAACUGGGUCUUCUCCGGAUUCGUCACAACCAAAGUGCCCUUCCCGCUGACCCUGCGGUUCAAACCAAUGCUGCAGAGAGGCAUUGAGUUGCUGUCCCUGGACGCCGCGUGGGUCUCGUCAGCCUCGUGGUACUUCCUCAAUGUCUUCGGCCUGCGCAGCAUUUACACUCUAGUCCUCGGCGAGAACAACGCCGCCGACCAGGCCAAGCAUAUGCAGGACCAGAUGUCGGGGGCGGCCAUGGCAAUGCCCCAGGACCCCAAGGCCGCCUUCAAGGCCGAGUGGGAGGCGCUUGAGAUCUGCGAGCACCAGUGGGCCUUGAGCAAUGUUGAGGCCGAGCUCGUCGGCAACUCCAUUCCUGAAAUUGCCUCUCAAUGAACUCAUUUGUUUUGUUGCACUUUUAAAUUAUUCCUGUUUUGUCUGUGAAAGAGAAAGAAAUAAACAAUAAAAGUUAAGUUCAAGUGUGA